AUGACCGUCACAUACACAGCCCGUGUGGCCAAUGCGCGCUUUGGAGGAUUCUCGCAGCUGCUGCUGCUGUGGCGCGGGAGCAUCUACAAACUUCUGUGGCGCGAGCUCGUUUGCUUCCUCGGACUAUACAUGGCGCUGAGUGCCGCCUAUCGUUUCGUGCUGACAGAAGAGCAGAAGCGUUACUUCGAGAAGCUCGUCAUCUACUGUGACCAGUAUGCCAGUCUCAUCCCUGUCUCUUUCGUGCUGGGUUUCUACGUGACGCUGGUGGUGCACCGCUGGUGGAACCAGUACCUAUGCAUGCCGCUGCCCGACGCGCUCAUGUGCGUGGUGGCAGGCACAGUGCACGGACGCGACGAGCGGGGCCGCCUCUACAGGCGCACGCUCAUGCGCUACGCCGGGCUCUCGGCUGUGCUAAUCCUGCGCUCAGUCAGCACCGCGGUGUUCAAGCGCUUCCCCACCGUCGACCACGUAGUGGAGGCGGGAUUUAUGACCCGGGAGGAGCGGAAGAAGUUCGAGAACCUGAACUCGUCCUACAACAAGUAUUGGGUGCCCUGCGUCUGGUUCUCCAACCUGGCUGCUCAGGCCCGGCGCGAGGGCCGCAUCCGCGACAACAGCGCCCUUAAACUGCUGCUCGAGGAGCUGACUGUGUUUCGGGGCAAGUGUGGAAUGCUCUUUCACUACGACUGGAUCAGCGUACCCCUUGUCUAUACCCAGGUGGUGACCAUAGCUGUGUACAGCUACUUCCUGGCCUGCCUCAUCGGUCGCCAGUUCCUGGACCCAGCUCAGGGCUAUGAAGGCCACAACCUGGACCUGUGCGUGCCCAUCUUCACCCUGCUGCAGUUCUUUUUCUAUGCGGGCUGGCUCAAGGUAGCCGAGCAGCUCAUCAAUCCCUUUGGAGAAGACGACGAUGACUUUGAGACCAACUUUCUGAUCGACCGCAACUUCCAGGUGUCAAUGCUGGCCGUGGACGAGAUGUAUGAUGACCUGGCCAUGCUGGAGAAGGAUUUGUACUGGGACGCGACUGAGGCUCGCGCCCCCUACACCGCAGCCACGGCGUUCCUGCUGCAGCAGCCCUCCUUCCAGGGCUCCACCUUCGAUAUCACGUUGGCUAAAGAGGACAUGCAGUUCCAGCGGCUGGACGGUGCGGACGGACCGCUGGGCGAGGCGCACGGCGACUUUUUGCAGCGCCUCCUGCCGGUAGGCGCAGGCAUGGCCGCGGCAGGCCUGCUCGGCCGGCGCCUGUCCCUAAUGCGCCGCAAGAACAGCUGCGUGUCUGAGACGUCCACAGCCGCCAGCUGCGCGUGCGCAGGUGCCCCUGACGGCGCGGCCCCGGAGUGCGGUUGCUGGGACCCGCUGCUCGACGCCGGCCUGCGGGAGCCAGAGCCAGAGCUCCCCGUCGGCCCCGAGAUGCCCGUCCCGGGGCCCACGCCCGAGCCCUUCACAACCGUGCCUAUGCCCGCACCGCGGGGACCGGCUCCUCCCUGGCUGCCCAGCCCCAUUGGCGAGGAGGAGGAGAGUCUCGCCUGAGGCCCUCAGGCCUAGGAUCCCCAAGGACAGGGACACAAACCCCGACAGGGCA